AUGGCAGAAUCACAACCAAAGAAAAGGGCAUUUCGUAAGUACACUUACAGAGGAGUUGACCUUGACGACCUUGUGAAAAUGGAAAAAGAAGACUUCCUGAAGCUUCUUGGCUGCCGCCAAAGGAGAAGACUUUUAAACAGAGAAGUCCCACACAAAUACAUCCGCUUUUACAAGAAAUGUGUGGCUGCUAAAAAGGACACUCAAGUUGGAGAAAAGCCAAAGCCUGUGAAGACUCAUCUGAGAGAUGCCAUUAUCCUUCCUGAGUUAGUAGGGUCUGUAGUAGGAAUUUACAAUGGAAAAUCAUUCGUCCCAGUUGAAAUCAAGCCUGAUAUGAUUGGACACUAUUUAGCUGAGUUCUCGCUUACUUAUAAGCCAGUUAAGCACGGAAGGCCAGGUAUUGGUGCUAGUAAAGGUUCUACUGCAGUUGAUCUUAAGUAA